GGGUGUUUUGGCAGUUCUCGCUUACCCAUUUCAGGCCCAUUAAGUGCUUGAAUGUUAGAUUUCGAUAGUCUUCAAUGAAGUUGCCUUGGAUGAUGUCUCCAAAACGGUGGUUUUCGUCCACCAAAGCUGCUUGAUUCAUGUAAAUAUUGUCGGGGGAUUCUCCCACGAGAAAUGUUCUUUUUAGUCCCAAUUUUGUCAAUUCUUCACGGGGAAUGGCUCGACGCAUGGCACUGCGGGUCUCUACGUUGUUGUGAUGGGAUGUUACUAUUAUCACAGCGAGGGUUUCGAAAUUGAGACAUGGGGCUGGCGUCAAAAUGUACUUCAGAGUUAGAUUGAAUAUUUUUGCUCUAACAUCAUGUUUUACGGAUAUUAACUGUGAUGGGGGCUUCCAUGCCGUCUCAGUAUCGGGUUCCAAUCCUAGUUCGAGUUCGUCAGGCCUUAAUUUAAUGCCAUUUAGUGAAAAUAGCAACAAUACGGCUAAUGCGGCACCAAUAAGUAUAAGAUGAGGUCGUUUAAUAUAAGAGGUGACAAAAACCAUAAUGGAGUCAUAAUUUUACACUUCUAGAGCCCCAAACUGACUAAAUUUGGCACAAAAAAAGAAGAAACUGUUAUAGAACUUAUAGGUUAUGUUCACAUGUUCUUUGAUGUUUAUGUGGCAGUAGAGCCAACAUAAUAAAUUCAAAGAAAUUCAUCAUUUGAUUGUUAAUUUCGCGCCACUCACCUUACAUAACCACAAAUUUGUAAUUACAUUUUUGUAAAAAUUUUAAAUAAAAUGAAUGAGACUAAAAAAGUGGUUUAUAUUUAUAGUGACAAUUUACGGCGUGAAUGCGAUCGACUUCCGACUAUGUUAAAAAGAGCUUCUAUUGUGCAAGAUUUAAUUAAUUCAUAUCGAAUUUUAUACAGCGACAAAGUUUUAACUGUUCAAAGCCGUGACGCAACUGAAGAUGAGCUCAAACUUUUUCAUUCUUCAAGUUACAUAAACUUUUUGAAAAAAGUGAAUCACUUGGACAGUUAUGAAGACUAUGAUGAAGAACAACAUGAAUUUGGCUUAGGUUAUGACUGUCCUAUACUAAAGAAUAAUUACGACUUUAUUAAAACAAUAGCAGGUGGUUCUAUAACUGCUGCUAAAGUUUUAUGUAGGACUGACUACAAAAUUGUGAUAAAUUGGUUUGGGGGUUGGCAUCACGCCCAGAGAGAUUCAGCAGCUGGUUUUUGUUACGUGAACGACGUUGUUUUAGCCAUACAAAAACUAACAGAAAAAUUCAGCAAAAUUUUAUACCUAGACCUAGACAUUCAUCACGGAGACGGCGUCCAAAACGCUUUUGAAUUGAGCAAAAAAAUCCUCACUCUUUCCUACCACAAACAGGCUCCCGGUUUUUAUCCUGGCACAGGUCUUCUUGACGACGUUGGCACAUCAAAAGGCCAAUACUUCUCAAUAAAUAUUCCGUUUUGUGAUGGGGUUAGCGACCAAACUUACCUUCACGUCUUCCAAAACACAUUUCCAAAAAUAGUUGAAGCCUUUCAACCGGAAACCUUUGUUGUACAGUGCGGGGCUGAUUCCCUCAAUGGUGAUGAAGUUGGUCAAAGCAACCUGACCCUAGAAACAAUAGGCGAAUGCGUAAAAAAUGUACUCAAAUACGACAAACCCACGAUUUUUUGCGGCGGGGGCGGUUACAAUUUUGCAAACACAGCCAGACUUUGGACUUAUUUAUCUUCGGUAAUCUUAGGAGAGGAGGUAGAUAAUGAUAUUCCAGAUAGUAGCGAGUUUUUUAUUAACUAUGGGCCCACUUAUGAGCUACGUAUUGAUCCCGGAAAACAAAAAGACUUUAAUUCCGGUGAUUAUAUUAAUAAGUUGCUAAAAACAGUUGUGUCUUAUUGUGAAGUUAUAAAAGCGCAAUCAUAAUUAGGAAUCUUAUGUUACUACUGUGUUAUUUUAAUUUAAUGUGUAAAAUUUGCUCCUAAAUUUUUUUUAAUUAAUAAAAAAUAU